AUGUCUUCUGGAAAUGACUGUAAGCCACAAACAUUGACCAAACCUGCAUUUAGUGAAAAAGAGGUGACUGAAUUGGUUGACAGGGUGUAUGGAUUAAAGGUGUUUUGGAUCCGGCCGCUCCCCAGCUACGAUGAUCAGAAUUUCCACGUGCAUGUCUCAGGAAGCAAAGGUGCAGCUGAAAGUGCUGAUGAGUAUGUCCUCAAAAUCACCAAUUCAGAGGACAGCCAGAAGCCUGACCUCAUUGAAGCACAGACGCAGGCCAUGAUGUUUCUCAGUGCUGAAGGCUUUCCUUCAGCUACACCUUAUCUUACUAAAGAUGGUAACAUAAUGUCUCUGGAGUCAGGAGGUACUGGACCUGGGAACAAAAAGUACAUGGUCAGACUGCUGACUUAUUUGCCAGGUACACCUUUAGCAAAAAUUGCUACAAAUACGCAGAUUUUCUAUCAGAUUGGUAAACUAGCUGCCAGUUUGGAUAAAGCUUUCUCGGAGAAAUUCCAUCAUCCAUCAAUACAAAGUCUGCAUCGAGGUCAGUUCAUUUGGAACCUGGCAAACGUUCCUCUUCUAGAUCAGUAUAUUUAUGCUUUGGGCCAGAACAAAUAUCGUGAUCUUGUGGAACAAGUUAUUGAGCAGUUUAAAGGCAAAGUAAUACCCAAGCUAAGCAGUUUUCGAGCCUGUAUCAAUCAUGGAGAUCUUAAUGACCACAACAUUCUAGUGGACUGCUCUUCUGCUUCCCUGGAAAAUCCUCAGUACCGAGUGUCCGGUAUCCUGGAUUUUAGUGACAUGAGUUACGGGUAUUAUGUAUUUGAAGUUGCGAUAGCUAUUAUGUACAUGAUGGUUGAGAGCUCAGAUCCUCUGAGUGUUGGAGGGCAUGUUUUGGCAGGGUUUGAAAGCGUCCUGCCGCUCACAGAGGAGGAGAGAGGUGCCCUCUUUCUCUUGGUGAGCGGGAGGUUUUCUCAGUCCCUUGUCAUCGCGGCUCACACAGCGCUGCUCUACCCCGAGAACCGGGAGUACCUCAUGAUCACAGCCAAAACGGGGUGGAGACACUUGAUGAAAAUGUUCGAGGCGGGCCAAGAAGCGGUAGAGAGGACCUGGUUU